CAUAUGUUCUUGAUUAGCUCAAGCUCAUUAUAUACACUUUUUUCUCUUUUGUUUUCUUCUCUCGAAAGAGAAAAACCCCUUCAGAUACCUUCCCUUCGUCCCCGGCCAACUGCUCUGCCUCCCCAAUCCAGUCAAUUGCCCUCGGUCUACCGCAGACACAGUGCACCGACGAGGCAAGAUGGCCAUCCUAGAUAAAGAGAACCGAUCUCGCGGCCUGCGGGUGCCGUCCUUUGCCAAAAAAGGCUUCAAGCAGAAGUCUUCCGAUUCUUUACCCACUAAAGAAUCCGUACCCGUCCAGCCUUCGGCAGCUCCUGCUGUGAGCCCCCCACGAUCCGAAUCCAUUCCGGCACCUCCGCCGUUCCGAUCGCAAGAGCCCGACGAACUCCCACCCCCCACUGUGCAAUCCUCUGCUGCCCUGGGGUCUUUGAUCAACGGUCACAGCCAGCGCCCUCCUUACAGCCCGCCAGACGGUCCCCUCCCCGAACCUCCAGUGUUUCGGGCUUACCGGCCGCCUGCUCCGCCGCAACCGACCCCCCCGUCCAGCGAAGAAGAUCUGGAACCGGAACCCAAUCGCCCCGGCGGGAUAGAUUCUCUAGAUGAUUUCGUCCCUGAACCCGAACCUGAAACGGAGGCUCCUGUGGACUCCGUCUCAAGCGAAGAGGAUAGAGGCCCGUGGACGCCUCCCGACUACGAGCCGGUGGCUGCGCCGUUGAACAAACUGCAUUAUGCUUGUUAUCAGGACCAUCGGUCCAUGCCCCCUGCCAAUAAUACCUGGUAUGCGCUGCCAUGUAUGACUUGCCAAAAGUUCGACCACGAAAUGCGACAUCGGUGUGUUUUCUGCUGUCUGCGCAUAUGCGGAGGAUGUUAUCAGGCUCUGCAGAAAUGCCCUAACCGUUCGUUGGCGCACUUGAUGAAGUCGCUGCCCUCUCCUCAGCCAUAAUUGAAAGGCUUCUAGGAUACAGCUUCUCACACCGCAAAGGGCUUGGAGAGAGGGCGGGCGAUCCUUAAGGCCCUUUCUCUUGCUCUCCACCCCCACCUCCUCAUUCCUCGUCUUUAUAUACCUCCACUUGGUCUUAUUCCUUCAUUUACACAUUCGCGCGGAACAAGAUUUCCCUCAAGUUGCUAAUAUGAUUUUCGUGUGGUAUAAGAUUAGGUGCCCUAAUACUGGCGAUUAGGGCUUCUAUCUGGAGCAUCGUUAUCGGAAUUUACGCUGGGCAUAACGGACCAGCUUGUAAUCGACGGGUACAACCUCAAUGAUAUAAUUAUAAUGCUUAUCAGGAACAAGUCAAU